AUGUGGGCGGCGAACAUCGCGCAUCAGGCCAGGGAGGAGAAUCGGAUCGAGAGCGACUUGGGACUUCGAGGCGUCAUCGACUCCCUGACGGCCGUUCGUCGGACGUGUGCCAUCUGUCAGCACGUGGAGUACAUCGAGGUUCCGAUCGUCUACACGCAGGUGGUGACAGUCGCCACGUACAGCUUCUACUUCGCAUUGGUGCUGGGAAGCCAGUACAUCGACCCCGACAACGAUCCGAAAUCGAGCGGCGACAACAGCCAAAAACUGGGCGGAUUGAACACCUACAUCCCCUUCGUGGCCAUCUUCCAGUUGAUCUUAUACGUCGGAUGGCUGAGAGUGGCCGAGUCUCUCAUCGAUCCGUACGGCGAAGACGACGCGGAUUUCGAGCUCAACUGGCUCAUCGACCGUCACAUCAAGGUGAGUUCCGCGACGUCGCGGUUCUUGCAUCCGGUUCUCACCGGUCAUCCGGUUCUCACCGGUCAGCGAGUGCUUCCGUACGAUUCUUGGCUCUGCUCGAAGGUCUCGCACGUGAUGGGAGAGGGGCUGAACGUGGACUUCAAGCAAUACACGUGGAACGAUAUGUUCCCGUGGCUCUUCAAUAAAGCGCUGGCGCCCAGGCCGAAGCUGCUCGCCUUCGCCAACAUGAUGGACAAGGAUAAAGGUUCCAAGUCCGGAGGAUUCCGAGUAGAGCGGAGGAAAGAGCGUUUCCGUCGAAUGCGAGAAGGGGAUUCCCCUAAUCAUCGGAAGCCACGGCUCCGAUUUUCUCACGUCGACGUACCGUUCCGAGGGAACCUCGGAAUCGACGCCUCCGACUGA